UUAUUAUCUAAUGGCUACCUGUGGAGAGUGGAAUUUAUUAAGAACCUUAGGAAGUGGAGCUUAUUCAGAAGUAAAGCUAGCAAGGCAUAAGCAAACCAAUGACUUAUGAGCCCUCAAAAUUAUGAAAAGAGAUAUGGGCUACGACUCAGGCAUGACUGAUAUUGUCAGAAAUGAAGUAGAAAUAAUGAAAAAUCUUAGUCAUCCUAAUAUUAUCAACCUUAUCGAUUUUUCAGACACCGAAACACAUACUCACGCAGAUGGAGUCACAGAAGAUGUAUUUUAUUUAGCUCUUGAACUUGCUAAUGGUGGAGAGCUGUUUGACUUCAUUGCCCAAACUGGAAAGUUCACGGAAGAAGUCGCUCGGUUCUAUUUCCAUCAACUGUGUGAUGCAUUCGAAUAUUUGCACGGAAAUGGUGUUAGCCAUAGAGAUAUGAAGCCAGAAAAUAUCAUGCUUGAUAAUGAAUUUAACCUGAAGUUAGCUGAUUUCGGAUUUUCGUCCAACCAAGCUAAGAACGAAUCUAGAAAGGGAACAGAUAAUUACAUGGCACCUGAAAUUCACUUAGGACAAAAAUAUUCAGGCCAAAAUGUUGAUUUAUUUGCUGCAGGAAUCAUAUUAUUUAUUAUGGUUGCGCAACAUCCUCCUUUCAACAAGGCCUCACCUAAAGACCCCCACUACAAGACUAUCAGCGCGAAUAGGUCAGACUUAUUUUGGAAGCUUCACUCAAGAAAUAAGCCAAAUGGUUUAGACUUUUUCUCUCCUGAGUUCAGAGAAUUGAUUUCUUCAAUGCUUAGCUUCGACCCUAUCCAAAGGCCAUCCCUAGCCGAGAUCAGGGCUUCAGAUUGGUACAAUGCCCCAGUCCCCACCUAUGAGGAAAUCAAGGAAGAAUUCAAUCAAAGAAAAGCUGCCUUAGACGGAGCAAGCUCUCAAGAAGACCAGCCAGUCCCUACAGAGGAAGUUGAUCCCUCAGUCUUCACCAGAAGAACAGUUCACAGAGGUGUCGGUGGAGAGCUUGAAGAUGGAGCUAAACUCCCUUCCCUUGAUAGAACCUGUAUGGAAUACAUACCAGAGUUCAAGAGGUACACCCAGUUCUUCUCAAAGUCCGACUUAGAGUCUCUUUUCAACACAUUAGCUCUUUUUGCCGAUAAGGUCACCACAGAGUUUGAGUUCUCCCCAGAGGAGUAUUCAUCAACCUUGAACAUUUUACAAGAAGAGAAGAUGGUUUCAAUGACUGUUAACAUUCUGAAUGCAGGCGAUGACACUUACUGCAUUGAAGCAGUUAAGGAUAGUGGAGACAGAUUUGUCUUCAAUGAUGUCUAUAACAAAAUGAAGCAGUUCUUUGGCGGCCAUGCGAACGCAUCUGAGCCAACAGCUGAGUAUUAG